GGUCAUGCAGACCAGAAGGUUGCUUGCCAACCGCCAUUAAACAAAAGAAGAAGAAGAAGAAUGUGACGUAAUUUUCCUACUGGAACCCGGAAGUAGCAGUGCCUCAGCUAAACAGCGAGAAAAAGCCAAUGAAUGACAGCAGCUCACCAUCCUCCUGACCACGAUGAGCGAUACAACCCCAAAGGCAAAAGGUCUGGACCCGGACCAGCUGAGAGACCAGAUCACCCAACUGUGGAGCCACUUGGACCUGCAGACGUUACACUCAACAGCCAAGGAGGGCUUCUCAAACCUUCAAAACCAUCCCCUGGAUGCCUUCCUCACCAUCCUUGAGAGCUGUCUAGGCAAGCAGAAGGGCCGGAGCCACACAUUGGGGCCCCACAUCCUGAAGGAAUUCCAGAGUUGGCUGCAGGAACAUCCCGAGGUCACACUGGAUUCUCUUCCAAAGAUGGAGGCGAGCGCUCUGCAGAGUCGGGCUCUUCAUCUUCUCACUGACGCUCAGACCAGCUUGGUGGAGGGUCUGAUAAACAUCUACCAGCUCACCACCCUGGACCCGGCCACCCUGCGACUCUUCGUCAUGAACCUACUCUCCCUGCACCGCUACAAGGAGGCGGCUCUGCUGGGGGCCAAGCUGAACCUGCGGGAGCAGCUGAACAUGGAGGAGAUCUGCGUGCCGCUCAUCGUCCAGGACAAGUUGUCCCUGGCAGAGAACUACGUGCUGGGUCACCCCUCCCUCCAACGGGAACUGGUGCUCCUGCUGGACUCCUGGUGUCAUCCCUGCUUCUCUGUGGAGGACCACAUCAAAAAGCGCUUUCCCCGACUGUACGUGAGCAGACGCUGCCUGACUCAGCUGCAGUCCAAACAUCUGAAGAAACACGUCUUCCGCCUGGCAGACAAGUUCCACAUCCACCAAGGCCUCUGUCCUAAUGCCUUGCACAAGAGGCGCCAGGACACACUUGGAUUCCUCAUGUACAAGAGAUUUGUGGAGAAAGGCAUGAACGACGUGGUGUGGGCUGACCACGUGGAGACGGUGGUGGCGGACGACCCCGAGCUCCACAUCCAGCUGGUGGAGAUGUUGGUGAAGUACACGCUGAAAAAGUCGGCUGAGUGGUCCCGGAGAUACAACGUCCCCAAGCACAGACUCCCCUUCGGGGUCUGGGACGCCCAGGAGGGCCUGGCGGCCGAGCUACUACCCUCCACUCAUUCCGCACAAACGGAAGAGUGGACCCCGUCUGAGGAACACCGUCAGAACUUCUACCAGCUCCCUUUGAGCAGAGACAAGGUCCAUCACGUGGACACGCUGGAGGCGCUUGCAGCUUGUCGUGAGACUCUCCUCCAGAAAGGUGCUGUCGUGGGGGUGGACAUGGAGUGGCAGCCCACCUUUGGCUGCUCCCGCCAGCAUGUGGCCCUGAUACAGCUGGCCACUUGGGACACGGUCUUCCUGUUGGACAUGUGCGCCGAGGGAUUCUGGGACCAUUCGGAGACCGUCGGCUUCAUCAGGAGCUUUUUUUCCGCGCAAAACGUCUUCAAGCUGAGUUACGACAUAGCUGGAGACCUCAAGUGUCUCAGGUCUACCUGCCCCCAGUUUCAAGAGGAUCCGCUGAAAAUAGAGGCCAUGCUUGAUCUAUUUCAUGUCCAGAAAAUGAUCAAGCGCAACAACAAGGUCAACGUCACCCACAGCCCCUCGGACAAGUCCGAGCACAAGAAAGGCCUCAGUCUUCUGGUGCAGCAGGUCCUGGGAAAGCACCUGGACAAGUCGGAGCAGAUGUCCAACUGGGAGAAGCGGCCUCUGCGCGUCAGCCAGAUCAGAUACGCAGUGGCGGACGCCUACUCUUUGCUGGACGUGUAUUCCGUCCUCUCGCGAAAGCCCGCCGACUUCGGACUGCCGGACGAUCUGCGCAGCGUCGCUGCGAGCCAGUUGGAGAGACUGAAGAAUGGCGGGGCAAAACAGACGGACGAAAAUGACGAGGAGAGGAACCACGCCGACAAUAAAGAGGAAUGUCAGGGGGCUCCACGGGUCAGUCCCCCUUGCUCUGACACGGAGAAUGGCCUCCUGUGUGGCACCGGGCUCCCUCCUCCCCCUCCCCUGCACCCCCAGCAGUUGCGGGUGGUGUGCGACAACAUGCUGCAGGGCCUGGGCAAGUACUUGCGCUGUCUGGGAGUCGACGCCGUCAUCCUGAACAACGACGACGACCACCGAGAGGCCGCAAAGGUGGCGCAGGAUGAAAACCGCGUCAUACUGACAUGCGGACAGCCCUACCAGACUCUGCGCUCUCAGGUGGGCACGGGCCGCUGUCUGUGCCUGGACCGCGGCGAGAAGGGCCGGGACCAGGCGGUGCGAGUGCUGAAACACUUCAACGUGCAGCCCACGCCCGAGGACGUGUUCAGCCGCUGCCAGGCGUGCAACGGUAACGAGUACUCGGUGGUGCCCAAGCCAGACAUGAUGAGGAUGCUCAGGCAGAAAGGACUCCUGCAAGAGAAGAACGCUUCCCUGGCCUCGCUGGAGGAGGAGGAGGAGGAGGAGGAUGACAGCCAUGAGCUCCCCAGGUACGCCGCUCAGUGCCGCUGGGCCUCCCUGUCGGAGCUGGACCCCGUCACGCUCAGCUUCCCCGGGGGGGCGCCCCUACAGCUGCACAAUCUGCCCUCGGCCCUGAUGCCCCAGGUGUCGCACUACUACGUGUGCACUCAGUGUGGCAAGGUGUUCUGGAAGGGCUCCCACUUUAAACGCCUGCUGUCCACCUUCCAGGAGGUGUUGCACGUAACAGAAUGAUUCAGUUAAAGAAUGAUCCGGUAACAGAAUGAUCCAGUAACAGAAAUGACCCAGUAACAGAAUUAUCCAGUAACAGAAUGAUCCAGUAACAGAAAUGAUCAAGUAACAUAAUGAUCCAGUAACAAAAUGAUCCAGUAACAGAAUGACCCAGCAACAGAAUGACCCAGCAACAGAAUGAUCCAGCAACAGAAAUGAUCCAGUAACGGAAUGAUCCAGUAACGGAAUGAUCAAGUAACAUAAUGAUCCAGUAACAGAAUUAUCCAGUAACAGAAUGACCCAGCAACAGAAAUGAUCCAGUAACAGAAAUGAUCCAGUAACGGAAUGAUCCAGUAACGGAAUGAUCAAGUAACGGAAUGAUCCAGUAACAGAAAGAUCCAGUAACAAAAUGAUACAGUAACAGAAAUGAUCCAGUAACAGAAAUGAUCCAGUAACAGAAUGACCCAGUAACAAAAAUUACUCAGUAACAGAAAUGAUACAGUAACAGAAUGAUACAGUAACAGAAAUGAUCCAGUAACAGAAUGAUCCAGUAACAGAACUGAUCCGGUAACAGAAUGAUCCGGUAGCAGAAUGAUCCAGUAACAUAAUGAUCUAGUAACAGAAUUGUCCAGUAACAGAAAUGAUCCAGUAACAGAAAUGAUCCGUAACAGAAAUGAUCUAGUAACAGAAAUGAUCCAGUAACAGAAUGACCAAGUAACAAAAAUGACUCAGUAACAGAAAUGAUCCAGUAACCGAAUGAUACAGUAACAUAAUGAUCCAGUAAAAGAAUGAUCCGGUAACAGAAUGAUCCGGUAGCAGAAUGAUCCAGUAACAUAAUGAUCUAGUAACAGAAUUGAGCCGGUAACAGAAUGAUCCGGUAACAGAAUUGUCCAGUAACAGAAAUGAUCCAGUAACAGAAAUUAUCCCGUAACAGAAAUGAUCUAGUAACAGAAAUGAUCCAGUAACAGAAUGACCAAGUAACAAAAAUGACUCAGUAACAGAAAUGAUCCAGUAACGGAAUGAUACAGUAACUGAAUGAUACAGUAACUGAAUGAUACAGUAACAGAAAUGAUCCAGUAACAGAAUGAUCCAGUAAUCCGGUAUCAGAAUGAUCCAGUAACAGAACUGAUCCGGUUACAGAAUGAUCCAGUAACAUAAUGAUCCAGUAACCGAAGGAUCCAGUAACAGAACUGAUCCAGUAACAGAAUGAUCCGGUAGAAGAAUGAUCCAGUAACAUAAUGAUCCAGUAACAGAACUGAUCCGUUAACAGAAUGAUCCAGUAACAGAAUGAUCCAGUAAAAGAAUGAUCCAGUAACGAAAGGAUCCGGUAACAGCAAUGAUCCGGUGACAGAAAUGAUCCAAUUACAGAAUUGUACAGUGACAGAAAGGAUCUAGUAACAGAAAUGAUCCAGUAACAGAAAAGACCAAGGUUUUUAGUUGUUAUCAGUUGACCUGAAUUGCUUGCCAGUGUGCGUUGUAGACAAGACUUGUGAACCCAGCCUCAGUUUUAAAAUGAUGGACAUUAUCCGCUUUUACGCUUUUAUUUGGGAAAGCUGCGCAAAGGCCGCGGGUUUUUCUUCUCUUAAUUACGGUACCUCUUAGAAUAUGUUCAAGCCAACAUAUGUUAAUAAAGGUAUGCUGUACUUACCAGCACAGUUCAAUGGGUGCAUGUUCUGGUGUGUUCCGGAAAGACAAAAGCAGCACAGGUGCAACGUCAACACAACACAAGACGUCACAUUUCCUUUCCCCUUUUCCCGAAUCCUGCAGAGGUCUCAACUUGACGCUCUUAAGAGAUGCACACGUCUUUCUAAUGCUGCCUUUCAAGGAAUUUCUGAGUUCCUUCUCGGAAUUUCGACUGUAGCGCUCUUCGAGGUCGGAUUCUCACCAACCCCGAUUUGGUUUCAAAUGCUCCGAAUGUAAACAAUAAUGUAAGCUUCUAUGAUAUCCCCUAUUUGCACUUCUGAUUACUGACUUUCCGGACUAUAGAACGCACCGGCAUAUAAACCGCACCCACUACAUUUUAGAAGAAAACAAUAAUUCCAUAUAUAAGCCGCAGAUAUAUACGUUGUGAAAUGAGUUAUUUACACAGAUAUAUUGUAUAAAUAUUUAUUGACAUACCUAAAUUCAUUCCAAACGGUGUGUG